UCUGCGUGAAUCGUAUGUCACCACGUACAGGAAGGUAUUAAUCUAUAGAAGAUAUUGUAUGUCUGGGACGUGAAUGUUUAUAAGUUUGCAAAGAAAUGUCAGGUUUUGUUAUUUUGGGUUGCUUCAAACGUAUAUGACCGAUAUCGUAUUGGCUGACAUUGCCUAUUAAUUGCACAGUGAAAUCUCUCGGUGACUGUGCAGUUCACAGAGUAGUGUAGCGAUAAUUUUAUAACGUUUUAGUGUUUCUGUAUAAUGACAUACAUAAGAAACUUUCUUAAGAGAGAGUGUGAUGACUUGAAGUCCCCGGAUUUAUGGCGUGCGAUGUGUGCAGAAUGGCUGGGACUUACUUUCGUGACCCUAUUUGCGACAGGGACAGGGUUGUACCACAAGGAGAACCCUUCAUCAGCACCAUCUAGUGUCAACAUUGCCCUUGAAGCUGGGUUUAUGAUCGGUUGCCUAGUAACGGUUUUUGGAACUAUUAGUGGCGGUCAUGUCAACCCUAGCAUCACGAUGGGAUUUGCCGUUACUAGGGAAAUAACGCUUGUCCGGUCAGUUUUAUACAUUGCGGCUCAAAGUUUUGGGGGCAUCUGUGGCGCUGGACUAUUGUACGUGUUGACCCCACCAGGUAUGCAUCACGGCUCGUUAGGACUGAUCAUGCCAGGGAAGGAUGUGACGGACAUGCAAGCGCUGGGUGCAGAGGCUGUCAUCGGAUUCUUCCUCCUGUUCGGGACGUUCGCAGUGAUUGACAAAGGACGGAACGACCUUCAGGGGUCAGUUCCUUUGAUGAUCGGACUCAUGGUGUCUAUCAAUGUCUUUUUUGCGUUCAAUAUAUCCGGUGGUUGCAUGAAUCCAGCUCGAAACUUUGGACCAGCCGUCAUCACCGGCAAACUAGACAAAAUAUGGUUGUACUGGGCGGGUCCCCUGGUCGGAGGGGCGUUUGGAGCUCUACUCUAUGACAAGAUAUUCUCCACCAAGGCAUGUCGAUGGUGCCUGGGAGGGUGCGGUCCUUUCCCCUCCCCCGGGGACGAGGAAAAUAAAGGAAACGAAAAAAAGGAGGAAUCAAACGUUACGGAAUUCCGGACCGAAGAAAUGAAAGAUAAUGUGUAUGGUAACAGACCGGAAUUCCGGACUGUAGAAAUGAAAGACAAUGUGUAUGGUAACAGACCGGAAUUCCGGACUGUAGAAAUGACAGACAAUGUGUAUGGUAACGGACCGUCGGACAAAAUAGAGACCAUACGACUGUAGACCGAGAAAAUAUAAAAGUGAUAAAUUUAUCUAUAAAACCUCAA